AUGAAAGAAGCGUUUCUAAAGGAUAACAAACGUAAUAAUGAAGACGCUCAAUUUACGGAAAGAAACCCAAAAAUGCCACGUAUGGAUGAUUCAUCCGAUGAUACAUCUUCAAAUUGCAUAAAGUCUGAAGUAAUGAACGAAGAUCUUAAUAAAGAUGUUUUCGAGAGGGAUUACAUCAAAGAUAUAUUUAACUUAUCUCAAGUUUUCGAAGAUUUCUCCCCAUUAAUUAAAACAUUCAUUUCAAUAGGAAGAGAGAUUAUGGAAAUAUAUGAACAAGCCGAACAUCAUAAAGAAUUAUGUAGUUUCCUUUUACAAAGGUGUAAUUGCGCCAUGGCCGCGGUACAAGAUUUAAAAAUUAGAAAAACGGAAAAUUUAAUUUUUUUCUCCAAAGAGGAAAAUAAAAUUUUAUUUGAGGGAUUUAUUAUUUGUAUACGUGAUAUUAAAAACUUUAUAAAAAAGAUUAGUCAUUUAAGUAAAUUCAAGAGAUUAUUUUACGGUAAUAAUAUUGAAGAAACUUUUACGGAUCUUUUAACGAAAUUUGACGGGUAUAUGAAAAAUUUAAAUUUUUCUUUCACCAUACAAACUAGAGAUGAAGUUGCAACCAUAAGAUAUGACCUGAGUCAAAUUAAAGAGAUCUUGCUUCACGUUUAUGGUUUACCUGACGAUAAAAAUUUUUUAAACAGAAUGGAUUUGGUGUUUAAGAAAAAUAAAGAAUUUCAAGAACAAAGCAAACUAAAAAGUUUACAUUCAAUUGAAGUGAAUGAACCACUACUUGAUGGAAGUCAAUAUCAAAAAACAAACAUCCUUCAUCAUGACAUUCGUUCGACAAAUAUUUUAAUUAAUAAAGAUCAUAAAGCUAAAAUAGCAAAUUUCGGUCUAAGUAAAAAUUUUUCAAAACUUACAUCAGGGAAUCAAUCGCAUUUUGUAGAUGUUGUGAAAUAUCUUGCUCCAGAAAAACUUUUUGAUAACGACAAAAAAGUUUCUUAUGAUUCUAAAUCAUUAUUGUGGGAAAUCGCUGAAUUGAAGAAACCUCAUUCUGAUCUUGAAACAUCAAAUUUAAUUCAAGGUAUUAAAGAUCGUGUAAACCAUGGAUAUCAUGAAACAAUUUCAAAUUUUGUGCCAGAUGAAUGGAAAAAUAUAGUAUCUAGAGCUAUGGAAUAUAAGCCUGUUUGGCGUCCCAAUAUAACUGAUAUUUGCCGAACAUUUUUUGAAUUAAAGACCAAUUUUUCAAGAUUGUCAAAAUCUAACGAAAAUUUAUUAGUAAAAAAUGAACAGAUUGAAACGAUAUCUUCAUUUAGAAUCAUUAAAAUUAUCUCUGUGGAAGAUGCAAUUCGUGUGCAUAAAUCCAAGAACGGAAACAAACAGAUUGUUUGGGAUAGCUUUAAAUAUCAUUCAAUGAUCAAUAUUGAAGCAAGGUAUUGGGUAGGAUACUAUUAUUAUUAUCAUGGUGAAGAUAUUGAAGAAUUACAACAAAUUAGUAAGAAAGAAAGGAUUAAAAUUGCUAUAGAUAUAUUUAAAGAAACUGCUGAUAAAGGAAAUCCACUAGCUCGAGAAGAAUACGGAAAAUAUUUAUUGCGAAAAAUUUAG